CACCUUCUGAUUUUCGUCAGUUUCCACGAUUUUGGUUUCUGUUCCAUCUUCAACUUUUCUUAAUUUCGUGGAUCAGAUUUGAUUUUAUUGUCUAUAAAAUGCCUUCAACCGUCCCCAUUUCACAUUUGCUGUCGGAUGUUUGGUUUGACCGACCAAAGGUUGAAGAAGAAGAAUACAAAUAUGAAGUGUACAUGGCGAAACAACGGGUAAAACCAGCAGCAAAAGCUGACAAACGGGGUGCUUGUGGUUCAGGUGUCGCAGAACAAAUUGCUCAAGCCAGACAAAAAAUACAUCAAACACUACAGGGAUCUGAUACUGGAGUUAGUGGCAAUGACUCUGGGAAAGUCGAUGCAAUACGAAGUGAAAAUGAUGAUUUGAGGAAGUUGGUGAACACCCUCGUUGAGAGAAUGAAUGCGAUGGAAGCACGACUGAGCAAACUAGAGUCUGGCAGUAAAGAAACUGCCGUGCAGCCUUCUAAAACCGAAAUUGAGCAAAAAUCAGAAUCUGACGAUGAUGUUGACGACAUGGAUUUCUUCGCAUCUGACUCUGAGGAAGACGAUGAAUAUGAAAAAAUAAAACAAAAAAGAUUGGCGGAAUAUGCUGAAAAAAAAUCUAAAAAGCCAGCUGUGAUAGCAAAGUCUAGCAUUCUACUCGAUGUCAAACCUUGGGAUGAUCAAACAGACAUGGGGGAAGUGGAGAGACUUGUGAGGAAUAUCUCAACAGAUGGAUUGAAGUGGGCAGCAUCGAAAUUAGUAGAGGUUGCGUUUGGAAUCAAGAAACUUCAAAUCAAUUGCAUUGUUGAAGAUGAUAAAGUUGGAACAGACUUCCUUGAGGAGGAAAUUACUCGUCAUGAGGACCAUGUUCAAAGUGUGGAUAUUGUUGCGUUCAAUAAGAUUUGAAGAUCAUAUUUAAUUAAAUCCAAUUCUUGCAAAUAAAAUUUAGACUAUUGAAAA